AGACUUUUUGACAUACUAAAAAAAACAAAGAUAAUUUAUCUAUUUAUCAUUAGUAGACAUAGGAAAGAUGGUAAAGUGAAUUGGGAUAUUUAGGAAUUGGAGGAGUUUAGUGAGAAUAAUUAUUUCCGACUUAGAAUUGCUUGAGAUUAGAAAAUCCUUGAGAUGUCAUCUGCAACAAUGCCUCUUCUAGAUGAUGAUACGAUUGCUUUUGGUGAAGAGGAUGAAACGAGAAAUAAAAAUUCAUUAGUGCAUCCUUAUGUGACCUUUUUUCACUUAGUAUUCAGAGGAGCUGCUGUUGUGGCAUACAUGUUUUGUGGGUGGUUUAGCAAUAGUUUCAUAACAAGUUUCAUCAUUGUGAUUUUGUUACUUUCAAUGGAUUUUUGGACAGUAAAGAAUAUUACUGGAAGGUUAAUGGUUGGCCUGAGAUGGUGGAAUUACGUGGAUGAUGAAGGAAAAUCACACUGGGUUUUUGAAUCUCGAAAGGGCCAAUCGCAGAAUCGAGUGAAUGAAAGAGAGGCUCGAAUAUUCUGGACCGCUCUAGUUUUAACACCUUUAUUAUGGAGUGUGUUCUUUAUAGUUGCUUUACUUGGGUUGAAACCCAGAUGGAUGCUACUGGUCACCAUUGCACUGGUUUUGAACGGAUCAAAUCUUUAUGGAUACAUCAAGUGUAAAGUGGGUAAUAAAGAGAGCAUAGGUACUAUAACUUCAGAUUUUUUUCGAAAACAAGUUAUCCAGAAUGCUGUUUCCAUUGUUACUCGUCAAAAUCAAACUUCACAAGCAAAUCCUUUGAGCCAGCCAACCAAUACUGUUUAAAACAAAUAGGGUCAAGAAACUACUCUUAUUUAUAUGAUGUGUAUAUGUAGUAGGUAUUAUAAGUUCUGAUAAUUUUUAAAUAUAUGUUAAUGAAUA